AUGGGACAAGGUAAAGAAAUUAAGACGAGACCAGAUCCUCAAAUUGAGAUUCAGGAAAGAGGAGAAAUAUUCUUCUUUUAUAGGCCAAAGGUUAACAAAGAAGAAGUUCACAGUGUGGACGAUGUUCAAAGGCUAUACAUAGUGAUGCGUCCAGAGUCUGGUGAGAAUCCCGUUGAGGAGAAACAAGACCCUCUCUCUGGUAAAGAAGGUUCCGAUAAAGAUUCCGGUGACGGAGACAAGAACAGUAGCUCCUCCGACGCCAAGAGAGAAGUUGAAGGAGGACAUGGCGUUGAGAAAGUGAACAUAGAGAAACAGUUUCUCUUACGAUUCAUUGUGAUGGGUAAGAAAACUCUUCCCGAUCCGAGCAAGAAAUCGCAACCUUUUUGGGGAUUCGUGGAGAUGGUGACGACGAGUGUGGAAGAUGUUAAAACUGCUCUCAAAGGAGAGGAGUACGAGACGAAGACUCGAGGACAUAGGCACAAGCCGGCGGCGAGAGCUGUCGGAGAAGGAAUAUACCGAAUUCUCCGACAUAAACCAAGUCCGACAAGAAAACACCAUACACAUCUUGUUUAUAAGCUCGAAUUCCCAUCAGGAUCGCAGACCAGAGAACACGAGCCACAAGAGUCGAUGAACAUUGAACCGGAAGGCUCCUUCUUGAUCCAGAUACGAAACCCGGAGCAAAGAGGAGGAGGAAGAGGGUUUGGUGGGCUGAAGAGAAAGAGAAAAGCCCAGUUUCCAGCCCAUCUUCAGGCCCAUUUAGGUCAUACUCGGUUUGGGGCAGCUGACCCGCCCGAUUUCCUGAAUUACGAAGGAUGCGAGUUUUUACUGAUCUCGGCGUCUGAUGACAUAGAGGAAGAGUUAGGGAUGGAGUUGGAGCCUGACGGUGAUGGCGAUGAGUCCACUUGCGAUCUUUUAAAGACUUUUGGUGACGAUGUUGAAGCUACUCCGCUACUUCGGGGUACAUGGGACUGA